AUGAUCCGGAACAUUACUAUUGCCAGUCUCGUAUUGUGUGCUUUUGUUAGUACACAACGGGCGCCGUCUACAGAAGUUAUUGAUAAAAUCCUUGGAAGUGCCGAAACAAAAACAAUUGAACAGAUCAACAAGGAGAUUGAUAGGCUAGUAGAGAAAUUGGAUGACAAAACACGACAGGAGCAUAAAGCAUGGAAACUGAAAGUGGAGAAGGACGAGAGGGAACGGAAGUCUAGAAUUUUUAAAGUCCUUCCAAAACUCUCCACCCGAACCCAACAAAAACUCAUCCGAAUCGUGAUGACUCAACAGAAUCAGACGUUGUCAGUUGGGGAAAAAGAACGAAUCCUGAGACACAUCUCCACUUCAAUGGAUAACAACACGAAAGUGGAAUUGGCCAGAUUUUUGACUGAUAAAGAUUUGUUUUCUCUGAUUUAUUAA